AUGGAGGGCGGCGGGGAGGCGCUGCCCGCCGACCUGCGGGAGCUGGCCAGCAAGGUGGGACGGCGGCCGCCCGCCGGACUGCUGCGGGGGCUGCGGGCCGAGACCGCCCCCGCACCGCCGGCACCGCCGGCACCGCCGGCACCGGCCCGCGGCGCCCGCCCGCCGCUCGCCGACCGCCUCCGGGCGCUCCGCCUCGAGCUGGCCUACCUGCGAGCGGUUGACGUGAAGAUCCUGCAGCAGCUGGUGAUGGUGAACGAGGGCAUCGAGGCGGUGAAGUGGCUGCUGGAGGAGAGGAGCACGUUGACCAGCCGCUGCAGCAGCCUGGCCAGCAGCCAGUACAGCCUGGUGGAAAGCCAGGCGACCUCGCGGCGGGGCAGCUGGGACAGCCUGCAGGACCCCAACGACAGGCUGGACAGCAUCUCCGUUGGUAGCUACCUGGACACGUUGGCCGAUGACAUGGAUGAGUAUUCCCAAAACGCUGCCGAAACCGCCGCUGCAUCUGCACCGGGCAGAGCCCUGGUCAGGGCGGAGCAGGAUUGGGUCAGGAUCGACCCUGAGAGGGGUUUUGCAAAGCAAGAGAAGGGCAAAGCGGAGCAUGAGUGGCCCCACGUGGACCUCUCCCCGCCUGGGUUGCCCCAGGAUCACCAGUUUGCUAAGGAGCCCCAGGUGGCCAACGGGUAUUUGGGCCAGCAGCCCUCCUCUCUGGAACCAGGCAGAGACACCAAAUUGCUGUCAGGGGCCGGGGAGAGGCUGGGAAAGGGGAACCCGGGUGGGAAGGCUUGGAAAGCUGAGGCUGACUUUGAGAACUGCAAACUCAACAGCAAACUGCACCUGGAGUACGAUGCCCACUGGCGCUGGCUCCAGUCUCAGGACGAUGUGACAUUCUUGUAGCCUGUGGCUUCGCCUUCCCAGUCCAGCUCUCCCAACUGCCUGCUCUGCUUCACUUGUCUCUGCU